CAAGCGCUUGGAUGCUUUAAGACAUUCGCCAACAUACCUUGGCUUUGUCCUCGCCAAUCUGCCAUAUCGACCGCAUAUCAUAAAUUGUAAUAGUGAAAAAUUUAAAGAAAUAAGCGAAAUUUAKCAUGGAAAACAAUAAUGGRCAUACAGUCAUACAAAUAUCUAUCGAACAAUUAAAUUCACUUAUCGAUGCAGCAAAAACCGUAUCCACCGUGGCCACCACCAAGGGCUCGUUAAGCAACUGCAACAGCCACUUCCGCGGACAACGCGAUCACGAGGCUGUCGAAGAGUUCAUCACCGCGAUUGUGACCUACAAAGAACUUCAGUCGAUCAGUGAUGAAGAUGCACUCAAAGGACUAUCACUGCUGCUGCACGGUAUGGCCUCCACAUGGUGGCAAGGUGUACGUAAAGAAGCCAAAACGUGGUCCGAUGCUAUCACACUGAUCCGCCAACAYUUCUCACCCACCAAACCAGCCUACCAAAUUUACAUGGACAUUUUUAUCAGAAAGCAGGACGAACGCACUCCUAUCGACACCUUUGUCUGUCAGAAGCGUGCGCUGCUUGCACRGCUACCGGAGAAUCGUCACGACGAGGAGACCGAAUUGGAUUUGGUUUACGGCUUAUUGAACAUCAAAUAUCGUCGUCAUAUACAACGACUGGACAUCAAGACAUUCCGGGAGUUAUUGGAGAAGGGUCGUAUCAUUGAACACAAUAACUUGGAGUACGACACCGUGCAAUUGUUGCAUGCCACUAAACGAAACAAACGCUGCAGCCACUGUAACUUCCGUGGACAUACUUACGACGAAUGCCGAAAACGUAAAAACGAAAGCGACGGCAAAACUGGUGAAGUCAGAAGCAGUUCCAGUGAAGCGAACGAGAACGAGAACCAAUAAGCAGCUCUUAGUCAAGCCGUAAGACCACACAGCACAUAUUAUAUAGUAUAUAAGUAAUUUUKAAUGAAUUUGUAACUAACACACUUGCAACACUCAACACUCAUCCCUCAUCCACAUCCACAUCGUCGUCACACAAAGUGUUUACCAAUUCUCUCGAAUUGAAUGGAGAUAUUUAUUCGGAGGGCAAAGUAUUCAACGCAGCAGUUGAUGCGCCAUUUAMUYUKUCCGUAAAACUAUGUGAGAUUCAAAAGAGAGGAAUUUGGUUACAUUUUGAACCCAUCAUCAAUCAACCUAACGCAAAAGCGCUUAAACGCCUUACCUUCACGGCUCAAAUUGGCCGACGARCGCCAGCAUUGACCUACGAUAAUUACGAACUUCUGGAUACUUGAAUUCGGAGAACGAUAYUCAGAGGUUCACUACAAAUGAGUCAUCGUGAGCAUCGGCCACAGUUCGUCAUUUGUCUGAGUGAGUAUUUUUUACUGCACAACCUUCUUCCAUUCGGCAAACAAAAUUGCAGCUUUCACUUUAUAUCGUUUUUUGGCGUCAACUCAGCUGCGUGYCAAGCAAUUGCAAUCGUUGUUAAGGUCGCAGCGGCUCGGCAUGUAUCUGAGGUGACGAAGUUUUCUAUGAUAAGGAAAAGUUGUUGUUUUGUAUGCUGUAAUCGGAAAAAGUAAGAAAUAAUUCUCUUGAGAACAGUGACAAAUUUCAUUGGCUACAUGCUCUUGCGACUCACACUUCGCUGAAUUCAGUAGUCKAGGCCUGUAUCUCUGCAGAUACCUGCGAAGUCUCGUUUUGGUAUCCUUCGGGUAGCAGGUGUUCGCAACUGAGUCUAGCGAUCACUAACGUUGCAUAUUGCUGUCUACAAUUUUACGCUCUUUUACCGUUAAACGCAUACUGCUGAUAUUGCAGUGGGAUUGGCGUUUACAUGGCCUCUCUUGUAUAAA